AUGGAAACCACCUCCCAGGCAGUGGCCAGAGGGGUUAGUGUGUGGUGAAACAGAGCUAGAAAGAGGCCAUGAGGAAAUGACUGGUUCUUAAAGCCAAGUACACUUCUGAAAUACCUUGAUGAAAAUAAGCUGCAUUAAAAGAACCUAAACCACUUCCCUUGUGGUUUACCCUUGAAUGUCUUUCACAUGAAAUGGGUCUGAGGCACUCUAAGUCUCACCCUAGGGUGAUCAAAGUAGCACCUUUGCGAAACAAAGAGGAAGAGACUGCCCCGGCAGGCCCUGUGGACUUCGCAAUCAAACAGAACCUGGAAGAAAAGAGCUCAUGUUCAUUGCCAAGACUGCAGGACCAGAACAAAGCUUUGGAAGGACCACUGCCACCUCUACGAGAAACCUGGUACGGAAGAUAUUCUACAGUGUCCCAGGCCAUGUAUUUUGACAUCCCACUGGAACAGGGAGAAACAAGUAUUAUUAAAAGGCAUCCACCCCGAAGACCUCAAAAGCUGGAACCCAUUGACCUGCCACAAGUGAUUACCUCUGAGAGGCUCCUGAGCCAGCGAGAAGCCAGGACCAGGCACACAGCAAAGCAGGAACUGGAAAAGAAAAUGCAAGCUCCAACGUAUGCUUCUGGGAAAAGACAAUAUUUACAUAAGAUGCAAAUGCUGGAAAUGAACCGUAAAAGGCAAGAGACCCAAAUGGAGUUAAAGAAAAGUCUUCAUAAGGAGGCAAGAAUUAGCAAUCAAAAAUUGAGAGACCAUAAAGCUGAGAAAAUCCUUCAAAGCGUCUCAAUGGAUGGUGACUAUGACCUUCUAACCACACUGCCAGAGAAAAUACUGAACAGACGUCUAGGAAACAUAGAAAAUGCAGAAUUUUUGAAGCAUCAAGCAAGAAAUGACUAUCGUACCCGGAAAAUUGGCAAAAUGGAAAAAUGGAUUCGUGAACAAGAGGCCCGGGGACAGCUUUUCUGGGAUAGUUCUAGCUGUGACUCAGAUGAGAUGGGGACAGAUGAGAAGAAACCACAAGCAUUAGUGAGGACAAGGACGGAGAGAAUUCCACUUUUUGAUGAGUUUUUUGAUCAAGAAUAAGAAUGUCAUUCACUAAAUACUGAAUGCAUUAAAAUAUUACCUUUCUGUCAAACUCUUCAAGUUAAUAUAUGAAUUAUUGUGAGGAAAGCAAUUCUCUUUUGUAAAAAGAUAUUACAUCAUUUAGAGUCUUAUGGCUAGCAGGUUUGUUAUAUAUGUCAUUAUCUGUUGCUGUGUAACUAACUGCCUCAAAACUUAGAGACUUAAACAAGAGCCAUUUUAAUGUGUCACUUUUCUGUGGGUUGCUGGGCUCUGCUAAGUGGUUCUUCUGCUAACCUCAUGAAAUUUUUCAAGUCAUUGAAAUACAAUGUCAGCUAAGACUGGAGUCAUCUGAAGGCUCAACUAGGACUCUAAGACAGCUAGACCAUAUCCCCUCUCCAUAUAAUCUCAAAGCCUUGUCACAUAUGCUCUGCAGCAGAGUAGUAAAUUUUCUUUCCUAUCAGUCUAGGGAUCCCAAAAGCAGAUGUCCCAAGAAAAGAAAGCAAAAACAGUCUUCUUAAAGGUUGGUCAUGAGACUGGCUCUGAAUCACGUGCACCAUAUUCUGAAGCUCAGGCAAGACUGCAGUCAGUGUAGGAGCCUACACAAUGGUGUAAAGGCCAAAGUUGCUCCACUAGGGUCCACCUGUGAGACUUGUUACCACAUCACGCUCUUUUAUUUCCCCCAGAAACCUUUUACUUAAGGUAUAUAAACUUCACGCAUUUCAUAAAAACACCUUUAGGAACAUAGUGAUGGUUAUUCAUCCCACCGUACCCACCCUCCCACCCCCACUCUCACCCUUCUUCCUUUUCCCUCUCCAAUUCCCAUUCUUAUUUUUUACUAAGAUCUACUUUCAAUUACCUUUAUACAUAGAUUAAUUCUAUACUAAGUAAAGAGUUCAACAAAUAGUAUGAAAAAAAGCAUUCUCAACUGUUGAGGAACUUUUUUUUUAUUUCUUCUAUGACCCACUGUUCAUUCAGGAGCCUGUUGUUCAGUCUCCAUGUGUUUGCAUAUGUUCUAGAGAUUGUUGAGUUGUUGAUUUCCAACUUCAUUCCAUUGCGAUCAGAGAAGAUGAAUGGUAUGAUUUUGAUUUUUCUUAAUUUGCUGAGACUUGCUUUAUGGCCUGGUGUGGUCUAUCCUAGUGAAAGUUCCAUACACUGGUGAGAAGAAUGUUUUCUGCAACUGUAGGAUGAAAAGUUCUAUAGAUAUCAGUUGGGUCCAUUUGGUCUAUAGUGUCAAUUAACUCUGCUGUUUCCUUGUUGAUUUUCUGUCUGGUUGAUCUGUCCAUUGCUGAAAGUAGAUAUUGAAGUCCCCCAUCACUAUUGUAUGAGAGUCUAUGUCUCUCUUUAGAUCCAUUAGCUUUUGUUUUAAAUAGUCAGGUGCCCUGCAAUUAGGUGCAUAUACAUUCAUUAUAGUCACAUCUUCCUGUUGAAUUGAUCCCUUAAUCAUUGUAUAGAGCCCGUCUUUGUCUCUUUCAACAGUUUUUGUGUUAAAGUCUAUUUUGUCUGAUAUUAAGAUGGCUAUACCUACUCAUUUUUGGUUUCUGUUAGUGUGGAAUGCCUUUUUCCAUCCUUUCACUUUCAGUCUGCUUAUAUGUUUGUUGGUGAGAUGUGUUUUUUGUAAAUAGCAAAUAGAUUUUUUUUCCAUUCAGCCAGUCUGUGUCUUUUAACUGAAGAGUUGAGGCCAUUUACAUUCAAGGUGACUAUUGAUAAGUAAUGACUUGUCCCUGCCAUUUUUCCAUAAAUAUUCCUGCUUUUUACUUUGGAUUUCCUUUGUACUUUUACUAGGAGAUUUUCUGCCUUCACCUUUUUUCACACUGAUGACCAUGUUUCUGUGCUUCUGUGUGUAGCACAUCCUUUAGAAUUUUUUGUAAGGCUGGAUGAGUGGUGACAAAUUUCUGUUAUGAAAGGUCUUAUUUUAUCUCCUUUCAUAAUUGAGAGCUUUGCAGGGUACAGUGUUCUGGGUUGAUAGUAUUUUUCUCUUAAGACUUGGAAUAUACCUCACCAUUCUCUCCUAGCCUGUAGGGUUUCUGAUGAGAACUCAGCUGUGAGUCUAAUUGGAGAUUCUCUAAAGUAAUCUGAUGUUUCUCUUGUGUACAUUUUAGAAUCUUUUCUAUAUGUUGUACUGUUAAAGUUUGACUACAAUGUGUUGUGGUGAAGAUCUUUUCUGGUCAUGUCUAUUAGGAGUUCUAUGUGCUUCCUGUACUUGGAUGUCCAUUUAUUUCUCCAAAUUAGGGAAGUUUUCUAUAAUUAUUUCACUAAAAAGGCCUUCUAAUUGAUUCUCUUUCCAUGCCUUCAGGAACUCCUAAGACUCGUUUGUCAGAUUGUUUGAUAGUGUCCCACACAUCUCCCACACUGUUUUUUAGUUUUCUAAUUUCUUUUUUUUUUUCUGCUUGCCUGUAAAAUUUCCAGAGAUUUGUCUUCUAACUCAGAUAUUCUUUCUUCUGCCUCACCAAUUCUGUUGUUAAGGCUUCCCACUGCAUUUUCUAUUUGUUCUAUUAAAUUCUUCAUUUACAAUAUUUUGUUUCCCUUUGAUAUCUCAAUUUUGUGAGAAAAAUUUUCUUUCAUGUCAUGUAUGAAUUUCUUUAGUUUGUGGAUUUGCUUCUGAUUACGUCUAAGUAACCCCAUGAUCAAUUUUUUGGAUUCUGUUUCCAGCAUUUCUUCAAUCUCUUCAUUUUCACCUUUUGUAUUAAAGUGUUGUUGAGUUCCUUUGAGGGCAUCCUGUUGUCUCCCUUAUUCUUGUUUCUUAAAUUGCUGUGUUUAUUUUUAGGUAUUUGUGGAGAUACUUGUUGGGGAUUUUUUGAUUUGUUUCAUUUUGUUUUUGCCUGUGGUGGCCUGUAAUUUUGGACUAUACCUCUGUGGAUUAGUGGAGUGUCUUCUCUUUGAGUGAAUCCCUGAGGCAUAUGCUAGUUGUGGCCAGGGAGUUCCAUUCAGUGCUCCGAGAAACUCCCAAAGUGUGCAUGGCACACUCUUUUUUUUAAGCAGAGGGGACAUUUGUUAAUUUUUAUUGGCAUAGUCUCAGGCCCACCUCCUCUCCUCCAAGGAGACCAAUGCCUGGGCUUUAGCCCCAGCGAGUACAAUAUUCAUCCAUGCUUCCAUAAGAACCACACAAAGAAUCCAUGCUGUCAUUGGGGUGAGCACAGAUACCUCAGCAAUGACCCUCACCAGGGAAUCAGGGAGCCCUGAGUGUGUAGAGCUGCCCACCAUGACUGCCCAAAGACCCAGCCUCACCCGGCACCCUCACAAGCAGCCACAGUGUUGUCACAGUCCCAGCACACAAGGCUCCUACAGUCACAAGCACCCAGCCCCCUGUCAGUGCUUUCACCAGAUGCAGGUGUCUCUGCCGGGCUGCUUGCCGGAUGUGUGGAAGUGAGCUGGCACAGCUGUUGUACAUGUCCUCCCCAUUCUCUGCUACUUACAGGGUUCCAGUUCUGGGUGGUCGGGGAGAGAGAAACACGCCCCCCCACACACACACUUUUUUUCCUAUAGGUUGGCAGUUUUAUUGUCCAAGCCAGACUCCAGCCAGGCUCUUCCCACAACUUUAUUGCCAGCAGCUUGGGCUCCUGCAGUCUGGUCUCACCUCACUCUCCAAAGCUGGUGCUGAGGCUCUCGGCUACUGAGGUCCUGAGUUGUGCAAAUCCACAUCCUCCACAUAGAUCCACAGCACCCCUCUAAUUUGUGGUGGAGCUUCCUCUGCCAUUUUCUCCCUAACUCUUCCCUGAGAUUGCACUCUCCCCACAUUUUUUAAUUAUCCCCCCCAGACCAGAGCAGUAAGCUACCUCCCUAUUCCCCACAUCAUGCUUUUAAAAAGCAAAUUAGAUCUUAUAUAACAAAUAAAUGAGAGUAGGUUUGAGACAAUUGCAUUUUUAAAGAAAAAAACUGUAAUGCUUUACAACUCACCUAGGCCAUUUUUUUGUGAGUUAGCCAAGAAAGAGGCUAUAGGAAAAAGGUGGAAUAAUGUCAAUUAUGGAAGGUCAUUGUGAAGUCAAGUUCAAAAUUAAGACCUCUGAGAUUAUGAUGUACAUCUUACAGCUCUUUGAAACUAAAAGGGAUCUCACAAAUGUUCUGUCUAAAAGUUACUUCAUUUAUAAAACUUAGAUUUUUAGGCAAUAUUUAAGGGCUUUUGUAUAAAAUUUGGCUCCACAUUUGGCAUCAUCUAAGAAUACUUUUAAUCAAUACCAAAGCUUCCAAGAAUUUAACAAAACUUUAAAACAAAUAAAAACAAAGCACUAUUUUAAGUCUUCUCUGAGAAACUUCCAAAAGGAAAAAAUAGAGGAAAAAUCACCUGACUUUACAUUCAGUGCAUUCAGGUCAGUCAGUAAGAAGACAGAAAGCCUGAAAUGUCAGGGAAUAAACAUCUGUGUUUCUUCCAAAGACAAAAUGCAAUUUGGUCAUCCCUCAGCCUGUCUUCAAUUAGUUCUUUUUGCUCUUUGUGUUCUUACUUUCUUCUGUGCUAGACAAUAAGCAUAUCCCCAGCAAAAGAAUAGAGAAGUGGACCUGCUAGCCUUCCCAGAAAAGUAGAUCCUUCAGAGGAUAAAUGAAUUUAAGCUAUUCAAAGGAUCCUUGCCUGUUAUGGUUGAUCUGGAAGUCUUAAAGGAAAGUGGGACAGACAACUCCCAACCCUGAAGAGUGAACCCAAAGCACAAUUACACUGCUCUUCUCUGUCAUAGAAAUUGGACAGAAUCCCCUUCUAUAAACUCACUUGUUACCUACAUUUCUUCUCCCUAUGAUAUCCUCUCUUCCUAGGAUGACAUCUGGAACAUAAUUUAUCAUUAAAUUUGCUAAAUUCAUUAAUUUAUAUGCUGGGUUAUCUUAUCAAGUACACAGGUGCAUGUUUUUCUUCAGCUAUGCAGUUGCUCACCCUCAUUUUCAUCAUUGCCCAAGAAUUUUCAAAAUUCAAGCAUGAUUAUACAGUGAAAAAGGGACAUUUUCCUCAAAAGCUCUUGAAAACCAUACAUCUUUAAUUGAUGGCUUAAAUUAAACAUUGCCUAAAGAUACAGGAGCUGAUGAGAAUGCUGUAGCUCAAAAUGUUUUUCAGAACCCUAUAAGUGUGUUAGCUGCAAAAGAAAAUUAAUCAUGAUGCCUUCUCUGAGUUUAUUUGCAUGCUCCAUGUGGAACUCUUCUUCAUCCAGUUAUAAAUUCAAGAAUUUGAAAGGAUUAGUUAACAAUAGUAAUAACUACCAGAGUGCAUGGUUUUCCUAUUGUGUGUGAGACACUCUUCAAAUGUUUUACAUAUUUAAUUCUCAGUGUCUUUGUGGGUCAGUAUUAAUAUUAUCUCCAUUUUACAGAUGAGGAAAAUGGAGGAUUCCAAGAUGGCUGAAUAGGAGAAGGUAGUACUGCUGUAGGCUGGGAGAAAAUAGUAACAAAAAAAUGAAGGAAUUCCAUUCCCAGGGGAGAGUUGCAAAGAAAUCUGCAGUGGAAAUUCUACAGAAAGAAGAGGGACUUUGUGUGGUUCAUGCAGCAGUGUGGAUAAAUUUUGCACCCACUUGUGGCCUAACCCAGGGCAUUUAUUGCUUUGGGAAAGAGGAAGUAAAGUUAUGAUUACACCAACAGAGAUUAUCAUACACUCUUCCCUGCUGACAAUAGAGCAGAUUCACCAUGCCCAACUUGGGUGUCACACUGGAUACCUGCCCCACCGUCGAGUAAUGACCAGAGCUACCUGGCCACACCCAGCACACGACCCUGGGUUUUCUUCCUUUUUUUUUUUUUUUAAGAUUUAUUUAUUUAUUUAUUUGAAGGUCAGAGUUACCCAGAGAGAGAAGGAGAGGCAGAGAGAGGUCUUCCAUCCUCUGGCUCAUUGCCCAAUUGGCCACAAUAGCUGGAGCUGCACUGAUCUGAAGCCAGGAACUACAAGCCAGGAGCCAGGAGCCUCCUCUGGGUCUCCCACAUGGGUGCAGGGGCCCAAGCACUUGAGCCAUCUUCUACUGAUUUCCAAGGCCACAUCAGAGAGCGGGAUAGGAAGUGGAGCAGCCGGGACUCGAACCGGCACCCAUAUGGGAUGCCGGCAUUGCAGACAGUGGCUUUACCCACUAUGCCACAGUGCUGGUCCCAACCCUGGGUUUUCACUGAAAGAGGAGACACUCCACUAAGCCACAGAGGAAUAGUUCAAAAGUAAAAUCUGUCAGAGAAGAAAGCCAACAAGUAUUUCCGCAAAUGCCUAAAAAUAAAUGCAGAAAUUCAAAAAACAAGAAUAAGGAAGACAAUAUGACUCCCCCAAAGAACACAACAAUACUUCAUUAUUAGAAUGUGAAGAUGAGAUUGAUUAAAUGCCUGAAAAGAAUUCAAAAUUUAAUCAUAGGAUUACUCAGAAGCAAUGAGAAGCAAAUGAACAAGUUAAGGAAAUCCCCACAUGACAUGGAAGAAAAAAUCUCCCAUGAAAUUGAGACUUUGAAGAGAAAUAAAACUGAAAUAUUAGUAACAGAGAAUUCAGUUUGUCAAACAAAAAAUACAAUGGAAACCUUAACAGACUUGGUGAGCAGAAGAAAGACUAUUUGAGCUAGAAGACAAAUCUUUGGAAAUUUCUCAAAAAAAAGAUGAAGAAAUUAGAAAAAUUAAAAACAGUAUUAGAGAUUUACAGGAUACUAUCAAAUGACCCAGAAUAUGGAUCUUAGGAAUUCCUGAAGGAGUGGAAAGAUAUCAUGAAUUAGAAGGCCUAUUCAUUGAAAUAAUUAAAGAAAACUUCCCUAUUUUAGAGAAAGAAAGGGACAUCCAAUAACAUGAGGCACACAGAGCUCCUAAUAGAUAUAACCAGAAAAGAUCUUCAGCACUCAACAUUGUAGUCAAACUUUCAAUAGUACAGCAUAAAGAAAAAAUUCUAAAAUGUGCAUGAGAGAAAUGCCAGAUUACUUUUGGAGGAUCCCAAACUAGACCCGCAGCUGAUUUCUCAUCAGAAACCCUAUAGGCUAGGCAAGAAUGGAGAGACAUAGUCCAAGUCUUAAAAGAAAAAAAAAAAAAAGAUCAACCCAGAAUACCCUGCAAAGUUCUCAUUCGUAAAUGAGGAGAAAUAAAGACCUUCCAUAACAAACAGAAAUUGGAAGAAUUUGUCACCACUCAUCCAGUCCUACAAAUGAUACUUAAGGAUGUGCUACAUAUAGAAGCCAGAAGGACAGUCAUCAUUAAGAAGAAAUGUGAAGGCAGAAAAUUUCCCAGGAAAGGCAAAAGAAAAUCCAAUGCAAACUAUGCAACUGAUAAAGGAUUAAUACCCAGGAUCUAUAAAGAGCUCAGGAAACUCAACAAUAACAAAAACAAUCCAGUUGAAAAAUAGGCAAAGGACUUGAACAGGCAUUUUUCAAGAGAGGAAAUCCAAAUGGCCAACAGACAAAAUUUAAAAUAAUGCUCAGGAUCACUAGCCAUCAGGGAAAUGCAAAUGAAAACCACAAUAAGGUUUUACCUCACUGCAGUUAGAAUGGCUCUCAUACAGAAAUCAACAAACAAUAAAUACUGGCUAGGAUGUAGGGAAAAAGGUUCCCUAACCCACUAUCGGUGGGAAUGUAAACUAGUACAGCCAUUGUGGAAGACAGCAUGAAGAUACCUCAGAAAGCUGAAAACAGAUCUACCAUAUGGCCCAAUCCCACUCCUGGGAAUUUACCUAAGGGAAAUGAAAUCAGCAUAUUAAAGAGUUAUUUAUACCCAAAUGUUUAUUGCAGCUCAAUGCACAAUAGCUAAGAUGUGGAAUCAAUCUACAUGUCCAUCAAACGAUGACUAGAUAAAGAAAUUAUGGCAUAUAUAGAAAGUAUGGAAUACUACUCAGCUGUAAAAAAGAAUUAAAUCCUGUCUUUUGCAACAAAAUGGAUGCAACUGGAAACCAUCAUACCUAGUGAAAUAAGCCUGUCCCAAAAAGACAAAUACCAUAUGUUUUCCCUGGUCUGUGGCAACUAGUAGAGUACCAAAAAUGUAAUGUAUAGAAGUGAAAUGGACAUUUUGAGCUUUGAUUAUUGUUUACAGUUGUCUACUGUUGGGAACAGUAUUUUUUUUCUUCAUACUAUUUGUUGAACUCAUUUCUUAGUGUAGCAUUAAUCUUAUGAGUAUAAAGUAAACUGAAAGUAGAUCUUUGUAAAAAUUAAAAGAGGGUAUAGAAGAGGAAGGAGGAGAAAGGGUGGCAGCAUGGAUGUGAGAGAGGCUAGGGAAGGAAGUAUCACUAUGUUCCUACUUUUUUAGUAUAUGUGCUGCCGACAUGAGUACUCACUGUGUUCCUAAAUCUGUACACAUGAAAUACAUUAAAUUUGUACACAUUAAAUGAAAUUUAAAAAUAAAUAAACUUCUUUAAAACUACAGAGGAUGAAAAUGAGGCAAAAAGAGAUUAAAUAACUUACCAGAGCUGUCCAGCAGAGCUUCCCUUUGAAGUAGAGUAUUGUGUACCAAAAGUGAUCUGAUGGGAGCCAGGGGCUGUUCCCUCCUUUCCACAAUUUUACUUCCAAUUCACCACUGCAUUAUAUGCAGUUCCACAACUCUUUUCUAUGACUGGUGAGGUUUUUCAUUUGGUUUUUGGAAAGGGGUAAUAGUAUAUUUUGGAGAGGGCAAGAACUUGGUGGGAUUGUUUUUUAGCAAUGAGAACUGGCUUAACUGAUGGCUAAAUUGUGGGCACAGGCAAGGAUCACAGGACUUGAGAAAGUCAGAAGAGGGAGGGAGUAAAGGCUAACUCGACUGUCUUCAGUGUGGUCUGGGAGCACCAGUUUGCCCCGUGAGAAGUCCCCAUCCAGAACUGAACGCAAGUGCGCCAAUGGCAAUGGCAGGAGGGUAGCAGUGCUCAACGUUAGUCACAGGCUAAAGUUGCACGUCAGAUGAUCAAAAAACUAGUAACAAUCAAGGCUUCUGAACCUGCCUUUUAAUUCAUUUGGGUUGGAGUUGAACUCUAGCAUUGGGUUGGUGGGGUUUUUUGAAGCACCCAGGUGAAUCUAAUGUGUUAGCGAGGUCAAAAAUCACAGCAUUCGUGGUACAAGUGUUCUGGUUCACUGGAAUAGAUAACUGCUAUCUUUCAAGGAAACAACUCCUAAGAUAACUUUUUUGAAGGUAAGAACAUGAGGCCUGGAGCUCAACAAAAGAGUUAAGAGAAACGAUCAUUUUGUUGGUAAUUGUCUGAGAACAUCAAUCCUAUACUUAAUCUUAAAUUUGUUCAGGGCAGUGCACAGCCAUCAUAAACACAGCUGUUGCUGCUGAAAACUAUAAACCUCAGCCUGGAGGCAAAUACAGUGAUUUUUCUCUACUGAAAAUCUCUCCAGCUUUAUAAAGGGGAAAAAAAAGGUUUGUCUAUGGCCAAAUGCAUACUUGCUCUUGUGAAAAUAAUAUUUUUUUGCUGCUCUGAGUUUUUUUCUUUUUUCUUGCAUACUUCCUCAAUUAUUUUUCUCAGGCAGAGGGAUGUUUUCCGAGUCUGUUUAUUUUGAUGAUAAUUUUGAGUUAGUAUACCACGGUUUAUCUAACGAUGACUUGCAGGAACCAUCCAUGAAAUACCCUUAUAAACAACUGAAUGUUUUCUGCUUUGCACUGAGUCUUUAUAAACAGAACACAAAACACCAACUCUUCGUUCCACACUCGUUCUUAUCGUGGAAACACACUGGCCAUCAAAGGAUAAUUAACAGCAGCUAUUCCCUGCAUUUCCCUAUAUUAAUACGAAAUCUCCCUAAUUUAGAAUACUGUAGGGAGGACUUGGGAGAAAGUUCACUAAGGGAUAGGUUAGGGAAGAUCAGACCCCUAAAAACCUGGAUUGCCACAGAGGAGGGAAAACUUACAUUUGUUUUUUGAGGACUGCUUUAUUUCAAUUGCACCCAUUUUGUUACAAAAGACAAGAAAAAAUGUAAUGUAUAUGAGCAAAAUUAAAAUUUUGAGAUUUGAUUAUUGCUUACAGUCCUUCUCUAUCCUCUUGAAGAACAGUUGUUUUUUAUACUUAGGACUUGUUGAAUUAUUUAUUUAGUGGAGAGUUAAGCUUAUGAUUAUAAAGUAAACUGAAAGUAUGUCACUGUAAAAAGUAAAAGAAAAAUAACAAAGGAGGAGGGAAGAUGGGAGGGAGGAGGGGAAGGGAAGGAGGCAUCACUAUGCUCUUAAAACUGUGUAUAUGAAAUGCACGAAAUUUGUUCCUGUUCUAUAAAUUUUUAAAUGGAAAACAGCCUGAAUUGUAUCUCAUUUUAAAAGAAAUACUCUUGGGGACAGCAUUGUGGCAUACCUACAGUGCUGGCAUCCCAUAUGGAUUGAUUCAACUUCCAGCUGCUCCACUUCCAAUCCAUCUCCCAGCUAAUGCACCUGGGAAAGCAGAAAAUGGCCUAAGUUCUCGGACCCCUGCACCCACGUGGGAGACCUGGAGGAGCUUCAGGUUCCUGGCUUUGGCCUAGCCCAGCAUUGGCUAUUGGGGCCAUUUGGAAAGU